CAACAGAAAACCAAUUUGAUUCCAGUGCCUUUGACGUUACGGCCGAAAAAAAAACAACAAUUUAGCGGGAUAAACGGAGCUAAAUCAGACAGCAGACUUACGCUGCAAGCAGAUAUCUGGGGGAAAUCAUACUCUGUUUAACUGAACAAGAUGGCGUGACUUGUGUUUUCAUUUUUUUGGCUGCUGUAAAAGUGGGCUCACACACAACGAGUUUGCUUUCGAUUUUUGCGUCCGAUUUUUGAUCCGAUUUAGUUUGACGGAAACCAUCAGAAACCAUCAGUUUUUGUCCAUAUUACUUCCGGUAACCUUUAAAUGGUCAUUGUCAGUAUAAUGUCACUGUUACUGUCACCAAAUUGAUCAAAAACUGGCAAACCUCUCUUCCAGGAAGACUUCCCUAAAUAUUAUCGGGAAAAACUGCCAUUCACAACUGUUCAGUGAACAAUGAAGGCCAGGUGACUUAACAGAACCCAGCAGCAUGGAUUUGUUUUUACGCCACCUUGAAGUGAUCGGACUAGUGAUUUUGAUGAUUUGCCGAUUAGGACGUUCAAGACAAGCCGAUGUAGACAUUGAUGUCAACUCUACCUCAACCCUCGACACCAACUUCAGAUGCGUGCAUCUUUUACUGGGACAGUACAUUUGUCACGACCCCGAAAUUGACCCUGAGACGCAGCAGGCUCGGGGAUGCGACCCAAAAACUAGCACAGUUCAAGUGACAUGCACGCCUGCGCCGCAGAUCAUCUGUGAUGGUAUUCAGCACAACGGCACAACCACCGUCUUUCACAAAACUGUACCAUGCAAGUGGACGAACGGAUGCUCCUUCGAAACAGCCCUAUUGCUGUCCAUAUUUCUUGGCAUGUUUGGUAUAGACCGGUUUUACCUCGGCUACCCAGCUAUUGGUUUGCUGAAAUUUUCAACCCUGGGAUUUUUCUUUUUGGGACAGCUGAUUGACGUUCUGUUAAUAGCUUCUCAGGUAGUGAAACCAGCCGAUGGAUCAGACUAUGUCAUAGAUUACUAUGGUGCCGGCCUGAUAAAACUUCUGUGGAACAGUGAGACAGUGGUUAGUCCCUCUGAUCAUUAACACAACUACUGUUGGUGGCAAUGCAUUAAAUGGGAAGACAGCAAAGAGGUGGACAUCAGAAAUACCACUAAAACCUGUAUUUGAAAAUCCUUUUCCUUAUUAUUAUUAUUUUUUUUCAGGUUUUUCUGUUCUUAACUGAAUUAAAUGCAGUCAUGUGUUUCGAUUGUAAGGUGGGCUUUAUUGGGUUGUAUUUGAAAUGCAUAACAUUGCCCGCGUUACUUUUGGAUGCUGUGUUUAAUGCUAUUUCUACUGAUGCUUACUUCUUUUUAUGUUUGAUUUCCCAUUAAAAGUUUUUGUGAUUGAGAGAUAAAUUUUAAGUGGAUCAUGUGGAAAGAUAGUGAUCUUUCUCUGAUGAGCACUGAUUAUGAAGUUCAUUCAUUGGUUGUCAGCAAAGAUGGAAGAUCCCGGGUUAAAGUUCUUGUGUUGAUCAAACUGGAGAACAGAUGUACUUGUAUUAUAAUAUAAAAAUUUGUAAUUUUGUGCAUAUGUCAGUACAAACCAAUUUGGGUCCUAAAUGUUCAAAACAUCCAAAUGGGCCACCACUGUGAGUUCUGGUGAAGCUCAUGUUGGCUUCCUCUCCAGCCGUACAUGGGAAGAUCUGCCAGCAACCAGCCAGUGAUUGUUGUGAGUUUCCGACAGGCUGUGCUCAGUUUCCUCCCACCAUAAUAUCCUAAUGCUGGCCGCUGUCGUAAAAGUGAAACAUUCUUGAGUACGGCGUAAAACACCAAUCAGACAAGUAAAUAAAUCAUCUUAGGGUCACAUUUCAACGAAUGACCCAGUUAACACUAACCUAUGUGAUAUGGCUGCAAUAAUGUGGGCAGGAAUCUUGAACCCUGUACUUGGAGAGUUGCCUGUGGUCUAGUUUGUAAAGGUUCAUGCCUUUAAAACAAGUGUUUAACAGGGAAAUUUGGAUUAUUCUCACCCUGUUUGUGAGGCCUUGGUGCUCAUAAGUAGGCAAUGAAGCUUGUGUGGCCUUGUGCACCAUCUAACAUUAGUUGAAGACUGCCAAUGUGGUGUGCAGAUCUCUAAGUGGCAUGCAGGAAAGCACAUCACUAUGUUGCCAAAGGUUGGUGGUUUACUCCAGGUACUCCAGUUUCCUCCACCUGUAUAUUCCCCACUUAUUGUACAGAAGUGAAAAAUUCUUGGGUACGGCAUUAAACUAUAAUCUAACCAAUACAUAAGCCUUAUGCUAAUACAUGAAAACUUUUUGUACAGUUUCUUAGUGGAGCAAGUUGUCAUCACAACUUUCAAAUGCUUUUAAAGUAUUUUUGUAUUUAAAUUCCUUGUAUUUGUGACUCAGUUAUCAGAAUUGGGUGCAUCUGUCCAGCCAUAUAUUGAACACUUAAAUUAGACUCGGCUGGCUCUCUGGACAUACAGGUAUGUUCAGAUUGUGGUUAUCCCUUGCAAACAGAAAAAGUAUGGUCGACCACUUCGUUAAUGCUAAAGAAAGAAAGCUCUAUCACAGAUAGGUGUUCUUGAAACAUAGGUUUGUAUCAUUUCAGGACCAAAAUAAAUAUUUUAUGAC